CUUCAUGCACAGUGACCUAACCAUAAUACAACCCUGUUUUGUUUUGUGUAGGGUAUUUUAUGGUAACUAUGAUUAAUUGGUAGUAAUUACAAUAGGUUGUUUACCAUUCAUUUUCUUACGGGAUGGGCAUUAGAAAUAUAAAAGCACUAACACUGUUGUUAACGGUUAAUAAGUUGUAUAAUUAGUGCUGUUGUGUAUGGUGAUGCUGUUGUAGCUGUAAUCAUUAAGCGAAUAAAGAAGGGCUUCAACUUGGAUUGAAUACUGACACAGCCGCGGCUCAGUGUUCCCCGUGACUGCUGAGCUCUCUCUCCCAUUUUGUGCUCGAUGCCCCGGGGCAGCAGAUGAGAGCAGCCUGUGGUCCACACACAAACACCUCUGCCCCGGUCUGACAACAGGAACAGACUCCAGGUCGACAGAGGACAGACAGACAACAGUCCACCACGUCAGAGGAGCAAAUAAAGCGGAUGGUUGGGAAUCAGAGCAAAGUGCACACAGGAAGCCGUUUCUGCACAACUUCUAUUCCAUGACUCCCAAAGCUCGCCAUAAUGCGGCAGGAUUAUGGCAAAGUCCCGGGUCGUGUGCGGGUCUCGCCGUUUGUCAGCUUCUAUUUCUUGGCUUUGUGGGUCGCACCUGUAAUGUUACACCCGCAGUGUUUGGAUUUUAAACCUCCCUUUCGACCGCAAAAGGAGUUGGAGUUUUGCGUAACCUACAAGGAGUUUGGCUGCUGUGACUUCGAGAAAGACCAAAAUCUGAUGUCAAAAUACUACCGGAUAAUGGACAAUUUUGAUUAUUACGGCUAUGCCAACUGCGCUGGAAUCGUUCAAGAGCUGCUGUGCCAGGAAUGCUCUCCCUAUGCAGCUCACCUCUUUGAUGCAGAGGACCCCAGCACCCCCGUCCGGACCAUCCCUGGCCUUUGCCCCGACUACUGCGCCCGCUUGUGGAACAAGUGCAGCUCAACCAUCCCUUUCCUGUCUGAUGACCCAUAUUUAGCCAGUGUCCAAUCAGACCAGGCCAGCCUUUGUGAGUACCUGCAGCUAGAUGACAUGGACUACUGCUAUCCACACCUCCUCAACAACCAGCAGCUCUCUCAGAGCCUGGGACGGGUUCAGACCGACACCGAUGGCUGUCUGCAGCUGUGCCUGGAAGAAGUGGCCAACGGGCUGCGGAACCCCCUCGCCAUGGUACAUGCCAAUGACGGCACGCAUCGGUUCUUUGUGGCAGAACAGGUGGGUUUGGUGUGGACCUACCUCCCUGAUCGGUCCAAGCUGGAGAGACCAUUUCUGAACAUCACCAAGGCAGUGCUGACGUCAGCUUGGGAAGGGGAUGAGAGAGGCUUCUUGGGGCUGACCUUUCACCCCAAGUACAAGUACAAUGGGAAACUGUAUGUGUAUUACUCAGUAGAGGUGGGUUUUGAUGAAAGGAUCAGGAUCAGCGAAUUCCAUGUAUCAGCCAGUGACAUGAAUGUUGUGGAUCAUGGCUCAGAGCGGGUUAUUCUGGAGAUCGAUGAACCUGCAUCUAACCACAAUGGCGGGCAGCUGCUGUUUGCAGAUGAUGGCUACUUGUACAUUUUUACAGGGGAUGGCGGAAUGGCAGGCGACCCAUUUGGAAAAUAUGGAAACGCCCAGAAUAAGUCAGCUCUAUUGGGCAAAGUCCUACGCAUUGAUGUGGAUAACAACGAGAGAGGCCCGCUGUACAGAAUCCCCCCAGACAACCCCUUCAUACACGAGCGGGAGGCAAGGCCCGAGGUUUAUGCUUAUGGUGUCCGCAAUAUGUGGAGGUGCUCAGUGGACCGAGGAGAUCCUCUGACCAAGGAGGGCAAAGGGCGAAUCUUCUGUGGGGAUGUAGGCCAGAACAAGUUUGAGGAGAUCGACAUCAUAGAGAAAGGCAGGAACUAUGGCUGGAGAGCCAAAGAGGGCUUCUCCUGCUACGAUAAGAAGCUGUGUGCAAACAGCUCACUAGAUGAUGUCCUGCCUAUUUAUGCGUACCCCCACAAGAUGGGCAAGUCAGUCACUGGUGGCUAUGUGUACCGAGGCUGUGAAUACCCCAAUCUGAAUGGCAUGUAUAUAUUUGGAGACUUCAUGAGUGGGCGUUUGAUGAGUCUGCAGCAGGACAUACAAUCAGAGCACUGGGAGUACAAUGAGAUCUGUAUGGGAAUGGGUCUGACCUGCGCUUUCCCUGGACUCAUCAACAACUACCACCAGUACAUCAUCUCCUUUGCUGAGGAUGAAGCCGGGGAACUGUAUUUCAUGUCGACUGGAAUACCUAGCGCUACGUCACCUUCAGGAGUUGUUUACAAAGUGGUGGAUCCUUCAAGACGUGCUCCUCCAAGACAGUGUCACUAUGACCCUCUUCCAGUCAGAGUGAAAAGUAACCUCAUCAAGUUUGUUCCACAGGAAACAUUAAUUGGUCUUGAGCUACCAAACAAACAUGAGGCAGAGACACAACCAACUGUGACACAUGAUUGGCUCCAAGAGCUCCUUGACCUUCUGGGAGACCCAGAACCACACACAACCACAGUCCUUCCAACUACAACCACCACCAGCAAACCACCCAAGCAUUCAAGGCGGAAAGGCCGGCGCAGGAAGGGCAAACCCAGGACAGAGAGUGCACCUCAACCUCAGAAUGGAGUGGUGAGGCUGGUCGGGGACGAGCAGGGCCGAAACGACCGUGGCCGGGUAGAGAUCUAUGCUAACGGGGAGUGGGGUACAGUGUGCGAUGACCUAUGGACCACCAAGAAUGCGGCGGUGGUUUGUCAACAGCUAGGCUUCCGGUAUGCUCUGAAGGCAGCCAAGCACUCAGAGUUUGGUGAGGGGAAAAAUCUGCGGAUUCUUCUUGAUGACGUCCAGUGUGAGGGUACCGAGGCCAGCCUGCUGGACUGCAAACACGCCGGCGUGGGGACACACAACUGUGCCCACUACGAAGAUGCCGGGGUGAUCUGCGGCAACUCGGACUACGUUAUAGAAGUCUAAAAGUUUGACUACUAUGAAGUCAGGGCUAAUUAUCAUUGAUUAAACCUGUUAUCCUUAUGUCUUCUAAUUCUGACCUGUUGCACUUACAAAGAGGUAAAUGUUGAAAAGAGAGACUCUAUAUUUUAUGUUUUCAGUAAAGACUUGAAUUUCUUUUUUUUUUUUUUUUUUUUUUUUUUUUUACUUUAAUUUGAGUGUAAAUUCUUUAAAUGCAAAACUUUGGUUCCUUAACGUGGUGUUGUAGUAACAAAUAACAGACAAUAGCAUUCCAGAACUCAGUGUCACAUUUCCUCAUGAUUGUGUUGAAUGUUAACAUACCCACGCGAUGAAUGUAUGAAUGUGUAUCAUGAUCAUUUUAAGAAAAAGAUGCUGAGUCGACCAUUUCAAUAAAUUUUUAUAAUACUAGGGUCGGCUUACUUUCUCCUACACUGGUG